AUGGAGACGUGUCUUGUGUCAGCUAAACUCUUGACCCACUACUGCGUUGUUUGUGUUUGUUUUGUUUUUUGUUUUACACCUUUAGAGUCACUUGCUUGUUUUGAUUGUUUAAAUAAGAUACGUUUCUUUUCAGUGUAACGUUAAAAACGAUUUGGGGUACUGUAAAAGCCUCACUACCUAAACUAUUUUAACAGUUGUAGUCAUAUAAUUUUCUUCGAGCGUUGACUUGACGUCAAAAUGUUCAAGAAUAAUUAUCAGGGCGGCGCUGUGGUAGAAAUCUUCAGUGGACAGGGAAACGACCCAGUUGCAAAAUGGAAACUCAGUGGCGGGCCGUCAGCCAUACGUAAGGAAUUUAAUAAAGAAGUCAAAGGAUUUGUUUACUGUCUGGAGGGUAGCAGCCAGACGGUCAAGAUGCAAAUGCCAGAGAAUGGGAAAAUUGCACUUGGUCUCCUCCAACGAUUCUUGGUCCUUCAAGUGAAUAUUCCUCAGCGAAAAGAUUUUUCUAUUGAGCUUGUUAUAACUGAUUCAGAGCACCUGAAAAGAAGGCUUCACUUAUCAACAGUGCAUAAAGAAGUGUCUGUCACUCUUUUACAUGCAAAAAUACCUUUUGUUGGACUGAAACGCAAUAUUUGGACUACUCUGUGCAUCGACCUUGUUUCAUUCACCAGCGAACUGUUCAAAGGAUUUUUGACACUGGAUGUCAUCACUUUGUUUGCUACCUGUAAAGUCCGCAGAAUCUUCACCAUGAAAACAGAGCCAGCCGGAAUGUUGAAUGAUGAUAUGUUUCUCAGCGGAGACAGUCUCGUGGACCUAAUCCCUCGCAGUUGCCAGUUCCCACCAGAUGUCUGUCAUGUCACCCAGGUGUUGAACAUGGAGAAUGUGCAGAAGGCAGAUAUGAGGGCUGGACUACUGAGCACUGACUGUGUUCCUGAUCCAUCGGCCACUGCCAGAUCAAGCAGUCAUCGGAGAACCAGGCCUCAGGGUGUUUCACACACAGCCUCAGGUUCACAGGUUUCAGGACCACUCACUCAGACGGGAAGAAAAAGCAGUGCCCUCUCGGUUGGGACUGAUAGAAGUGUACCCUUUAUCUCGAACACGGGAUCCGCGGCCAGUAGAAAGAACCAACAAAUUACCACAGAAAGUCAGAGCGUUGCCAACCUGAGCAGGAGCUUAUUACACAGGGAACCCUCCCACAUUCUUCUUGAGGGGACACCUGGCAGUUUACAGCCCCAUCCCCCAAAAGACAGAGUGUUUGACAAGCUUGGAUGGAAGAAGCUACGGGUCUACGGUGCUGGAAGAGAGAGGCUAGCAGCGCCAGCUCCUUCAGAUGCCGUCCCUGGUGGCCACAGGAAGAGAAGUAAAAGCAGGGAGAGGUGGACUCCUCCAUCCAGUCGUCAAGGGAACAGGCAGCAACCUCUCACCCCAACAGAAAGGACGCAGCACCUAACAGCAGAUGCGCUUAGCUGCAGUCCUGCCGAGGAAAGUUCCGGAGUUUCUCCCAUAACAGCAGAGUCGCUCUCCGGCUCCAUUUUGCAAGGUUUGUCUUGUGACCUGCAGGUCUGUAGCAGCUGGGAGAGUAAUGAGGGGUCUGAGCCCCAGCUCACUCUGCAAGAGGAGGUGUUCACUUUCCUAUCCCAGCCACAUUCACCCAAACGAGGGCAAGGCCAGGGUGACCAGGAGAAGAUGGAGAUGGGAAAUGAUGAGGUUCAGAGCAAAAGUGGGAGGCGGCAUGAUGCCCAGCCUGAGGAUGACUUUAUCGGCAGUGAAAGUGAUGAGGAUGAGAGCUACACCACAUUCCAGCAUCAGAUAACAGGUGAGUCCAACCCUGCUACUCCCAGAUCUCCCAAUACAACAUUUGAUGUCCAUCCUGAGUUUCAGACAGCACAAGAAGAGCUCAGUGCGGCCCCCAGCAGUUUGCAGUCUCCACCCAGUGGGAGAGCUGAACCAGCCGGGAUUGUCCCCACACGCUGCCUCUCACCCAGCGCGACAGCCAGCAGGCAGGAGCACGGGAAGUGUGAAGGGAUAGUAAACCGAUAUGUGGACGGGAACAGCAGAGUGUCACUCUCCCAGAAACUUCUGCAAGAAAUCAAAUUGGAUGACACACGGCACAAGGCAGGAGACAACAGUCUUCGAGUUCAUGGGGAUGAUGAUGAGGAGCUUCGAAUGCUGGCAAGUCUAAAAAGGGAGCAGGAGGAAGAUGAAUGUAGAGCCUCGGGCUUCAGUGCAUCUCAGAUCCACCAGUGUAACGUCAGCAUCAGCGUGAGCAGUGACGAUGCCUCGACCUGGACCCACAUCUUCACGCCAACCAAUCAGGGUCACCACUAUCAAAAGGAAAUGAACCCCCUCCUGCAGUCAAACCCAAGGGAGUGGAUGGAUGUGCUCAGCCCUCCUAUUAUGCCUCCCAGCCAGCAGAGAAGGUCAGGCAACACAUGGAACAAUCGGGAGAAUCUAAUCGAAGGAGAGGAUGAGUCGCUGAAUGAAGAGGAUGACGACGAGUAUUUGAAUCUGCUCUAUGAUCCGUGCCUCAACUGCUAUUUCGAUCCAAAGACGGGGAAGUACUAUGAAUUAGCUUGAAUCUAAAGCUUGAGAGAAUCCAAAUUAAUAAAUCAGAAAUCAUUGAUGGCAGA